AAAAGGUAUCUGGUAUUCUUUCUGCGGCUUCCUUGAUUAUGAAGCAUUCUUCUUUACAACCCCACAAAUACCUUUAGAAACAACAGCCUUGCAAGAAAAGAACCAAGACCUUCACCCACACAAUGUCUAUAAGACAUCAGCCACCACCAUCAGAUAUCUUGCACCUUCGUUACUCAUCUUUCGCACGUUCGGUUUAUCGUCUGCUGGCUUCUGAACAUUCUUUCGCCCCUUUUUAAUCCCCCCCUUUCGCUUGUUCUUCUAGCUGAAACGAUAUGCCGACAACGGCCGGUCAGCCGAUGAAGUCCGUCGCUUCCCUGCUUUUGCUCCUGAACUUCUGUAUGUAUGCCAUUGUUCUGGGCAUUGGUGGGUGGGCUAUCAACAGAGCUAUUGAUCAUGGUUUCGUCAUUGGGCCAGGAUUUGACCUUCCGGCGCAUUUCUCGCCCAUAUACUUCCCUAUGGGAAAUGCCGCGACCGGAUUCUUUGUGACAUUCGCUUUGAUAGCCGGAGUGGUUGGCAUUGCAUCAGUCAUCGCCGGAGUCAACCAUGUCCGCUCUUGGAACGCCGAUAGCUUGCCGUCUGCAGCUUCAGCUGCUGCAAUUGCCUGGACUCUCACUCUUCUAGCUAUGGGUUUUGCCUGCAAAGAAAUAGAGCUCCGCAUCCGAAACUCUCGCCUGAGAACAAUGGAGGCGUUCCUGAUAAUCCUCUCGGCAACUCAACUUCUAUACAUCGCAGCAAUUCAUGGUGGCUCGAUGAGAAGAACAUGAACCACUGAACUUCAGUGUUGUAAGAAUGUUUGAGAGCUUUUGGGUCGCAUUUUUUUCCCUUUUUCUUCAGGCAUCUUGUAAAAAACAGGGCAUGGGUUUGUCUGUGGUUCGAUUUAUUGUGUUCAUAUCUGAUUUGUGUUAAUGAAUAAGAGAUUCUCUCUCAA